UUGUGGCUGCCCCGCCGAAGCCAGCGUCGUGCAGCACGCCAGCCGCCGCAGGCCACGCGUCAGACGCCACAGACCAGAACCAAGGCUGCCCCAAGGCGCACGACGAUGCUCGCCCAGCGCGCUCCCGCCUACACGCGCGAGUACGCGCAGACGCUUUUUGUCAAUACGCCCAAGCGAUGUCGCGUGCCCUGGCGGCUCCCCGGGACGGUGUGGCUCUGGAGCACGUCUCCUGAUAACGUGCAGGUCGGCACGCCUAGGUUAGACUUGGAAGCGAACCAGCAGACGCGGAUUCCCAUCCUGUUCCCGCCGCGCGACCGCGUAGGAUUUAGAACUGUGGACGUUAUUGUUUCCUGUGCACCUCCGGAGUUCUCCAACGCCAAACAGUACGUGUUGCGGUUCCACCUGAGCUACGUGGACCCGACGCAGCGCGGCCCGGGCGAGGAGCCCCAGCGCCUGGACGAGGGCGCGCGCGACGACCUCAUGGCGACGAAGCGCCGCCUCGACGAGGCCGAAAGGGCGUCUACAACGGAGAAACUACUACAAUUGUCACAGCAGUGCGCCCAGCUCCACGUGAAGAGGCUCGCGACGCCGCGCUACGAGGCGCCUCCGUCCACAUUCUCACGACGUGACCAGGACGAAAUACAAUCGCUCACAGCCGAGAUCGCCGCCCUCAACGGCGCGCUCAAGUCGCACAUCCUCUCUCAAUCAAAUCAGCCGUCCAAGGUGCCGCGCUUCGCUCCCAAUACCAUGAUGAAUUCUUCACUAGCUUCGACGGGCGCCUUCACGGCCAACACGAGAAAAAGGCGCCAAUCGAAAGCCUGCGAGAUGCGCGACGGCUGGUUCGCGACCUAUGAUUACGAGAACGCGCGGCCCUACUACUUCCAUCCGGAGAGGCGGAAGGUCCAGUGGCACCCGCCCCCGAACCAGGACGCCAUCUUGGUAUCGUACGGCAAGUCGCCUGCCACUUCGCGGCCGCUCGAGUCGCCGGCCGAGAGCGGGGCGUCAUAA